UGAAAAUAAUAAUAAAAAAUUCACAGUCUCUCUCCUCUUGAUCUUUUACCGGCUAGGGUUUUGAAGCAAGGUUUCUCGCUUGCUCAGUGAGUCGCGAUAAUCGCCCAACCAUGGCGAAAGCAAGCCGUGGCCGUCGUUCACCUUCCGUCUCAGGGUCUUCAUCUCGGUCCAGCUCCUCCAGAUCUCGUUCCCGUUCUAGAUCCCUCUCUUCUUCAUCAUCUCCUUCGCGGAGCGUCAGUUCCGGGAGUCGUAGUCCUCCUCCUCCACCUCGUGGAAAAAGGAAAGCUACAGAAUCUCUUGUUCUCCAUGUCGGUUCUCUUAGCAGGAAUGUAAACGAAGACCAUCUGAAAGAAAUUUUUGGCAACUAUGGUGAAGUUGUACACGUAGAACUUGCAAUUGAUCGAGCUGUUAAUCUUCCAAAAGGAUAUGCUUAUGUUGAGUUCAAGGCGAGAGCUGAUGCUGAGAAAGCUCUGCUGUUUAUGGAUGGUGGUCAAAUUGACGGAAAGGUUGUUAAAGCAAAGUUCACACUACCAGCGCGUCAGAAAGUAUCUCCACCUCCUAAACCUGUCUCAGGUGUACCAAAGAGAGAGGCUCCAAAACCUGAUAAUGCCGCUGCUGACGUUGAGAAAGAUGGGGCCGGACGCCCAAGAGAGAUUUCUCCGAGAAGGCGAUCACCACUACCUAGGAGAUUACCUGAUUCUUCCCCUCGCCGGAGGCCGAGCCCUCCUAUCCGCCGUCGUGGUGAUACACCAUCACCACCCAGACGCAGGGCAGAAUCGCCAUCUAGAGGCCGUUCUCCAUCUUCCCCUCCUCCAAGAAGACAUAGAUCUCCUCCGAGGGGCUCCCUUAGAAGAAUCCGCGGCAGUCCUGUUCGAAGACGGUCUCCUCCUCCUCUAAGACGAAGGUCACCUCCAAGGAGACUACGCAGUCCUCUCAGAAGAUCUCCAAUCCGCAGACGUAGCCGAUCCCCGAUUCGUAGGCCUGUUCGCUCUCGCUCAAGAUCCAUCUCACCUCGCAGGGGACGAGGACCAGCUGGGAGACGUGGGAGGUCAUCUUCUUAUUCCAGUUCGCCAAGUCCUAGAAGUAUUCCUAGGAAGAUUUCGAGGAGCCGCAGUCCUAAGAGGCCACUGAGAGGAAAAAGAAGCAGCAGUAACAGUAACAGCAGCAGCAGCGGCUCACCGCCUCCCCGCAAAGCAUAAUGUAAUAAAAAUUAUAUAUAAGAAAAACAAAAUUUGUCCUUUUAGCUCGGUCUCCAUCUCCCAAUUGACGCCACAUUAUCUGUCUCGGCUAGUUUUAACAGUGCUGGAUCUUUUAAGCUUCUUUUGUGUAACUCGCGUCACCUAUCUGAUUUGUAUGUCAGUAGUUCAGACGACAGAUUCUUUGAUUU